CAGAAACAAAAAUCAAACGCCUAUCUCUCGUAAGCUUCGUAGACCCAAAACGUAAAAGAAAGCAACAUCGUCCACCAUGGCCGAUCACCGCCACCACCACCACCAGCAACAUCGGCCUCACCGCCUCUCCCUCCCACCACGCGCCACCGCAGCCACGAAUCCCACCACACCCACCACCGUGAAUAGACCGUACCCUCUGUACCCAUACCCAACCUCAACCCCAACCCCAACCCCAUCAAAACACCGCCUUGCAUCCCUCUCUUCCUUCAACUCCAGAACUUCCACUUCUGCAGAGUCCUCCCUUUCCUUCCUCUUCAUUCUCCUCUUCUCUCUUCGCUCCCUCUACUCCCUCCUCCCUUUCCUUCGCUCAUCUCCUUCCUUCUCUCUCUUCCCCUUCUCUUUUUUCGUCUCCCUCCUCUCCUUCCUCUUCACCCUCUCCUUCUCACUCUUCGCCUCCAAUUCCAAAAACCCAUUUCACCCGAAGUCUCAAAGCCAACCCCUUUUAUCAUUGUCCUCGAUCACGCAAUCUCAGCGGAGAGUUUUGGUCGCCAAGUCCGUUCUUUUGGCUGUGGUCUUUCUUCUUCGAUUCCAAGCGCUCAGAUACUGUGGCACAGCGGCGAUGAUUCUCGCGGAAAUGUCUGGCAAUGUCGCAGCCCGGUUCGUUGCCGAGGGGAGGGAUCGGAGUUUCGGUGACCUGAUUCGGUACCGGUCGUCUAAGGUUCGUGGGUUUUUCGCUUUGUUUUUCGGGUUGUUUUUGUUGUCUAUUAGUUGGGAUCGGAUUGAAUGCUUUCCAUUUUCUGCUUCUUUGGUCGAGAAAUGGGGUGUUUCGGUGUUUCCGAGAGAGAAUUGUGUGAGAGUUUGGCCAAUGUUGCUGCCGUUUCUGUCUGGGUUUCUUGGUUGUUACGAGCGCGUUUCAAUGAAUUGGGGGACGAUUAGGCAACUGGGUCGGAAACGGGUUAGGCUGAUUUCGCUGUUUUUCACAACAAUUGUUCUUUUUGUACCUGCUGUUAUUAGUAUGCUCAUGUUUAAAGCUGAGGGAGAUAGUGUUUUCAUUGGGAAUUUGAUUUGGCCUUUGGCAAACACUGUUGUUUUCGGUGUGCUUUUGAGUGAAAACUAUAGUGAUGAGAAGCUCGUGAGUUCUAAAGAUUUUCGGAGGGAGUUUUUGGUUACAUUUGUUUGUACUCUUGUUUUAGAGCUGUUCUAUUUUCCUGAGCUCUCGCUUUGGGGAUUGCUGAGUUGUGGUUUAUUGCUUUAUGUGGCUGUUUGGGAGUUAGAUCCUGUUGAUUCGAAUUAUCUUGAAUUGGGGGUGGAGUCUCCUGAGUUAUUUACUACCUCGAUUAUGAAAGCUAUCCGGCAUAUUUGGAGUGAGAGGAAGUCCCGUAAGAUUGCACUUUUCCUUUUGAUCAACACAGGGUACAUGGUUGUGGAAUUUGUUGCCGGGUUCAUGAGCAAUAGUCUUGGGUUGAUAUCUGAUGCGUGCCACAUGUUGUUUGAUUGUGCUGCUCUGGCAAUUGGGCUAUAUGCUUCAUAUAUUUCACGUUUGCCUGCAAACAAUCAGUUUAAUUAUGGUCGUGGGAGAUUUGAGGUUCUUUCGGGAUAUGUUAAUGCUGUUUUACUGGUUCUGGUUGGAGCACUAAUUGUUCUGGAGUCAUUUGAGAGGAUUUUGGACCCUCAGGAGAUAUCAACUAACAGUCUAUUGACUGUUUCAAUUGGAGGACUUGUGGUUAAUGUGGUUGGUUUGAUUUUCUUUCAUGAGGAGCAUCAUCAUGCCCAUGGUGGAUGCUCACAUUCUCAUUCUGACUCCCACUCCCACCAUCAUGACCAACAUUCUCAUGAACAUUUAGGACAUGAUCAUGAGGGAUGCUCACAUUCUCAUUCUCACUCCAAAUCCCACCAUCAUGACCAACAUUCUCAUGACCAUUUUGGCCAUGAUCAUGAGGGAUGCUCACAUUCUCAUUCUCAUUCUCACUCCCACUCCCACCAUCAUGACCAACAUUCUCAUGACCACGUUGGACAUGAUCACGGAAAACAUCAUGAAUGUACUGCUGAUUCCCGUGAAUGCCAUGAAAAAUCAUGCUCUGACCACACUGACCAUCAUGAACAACACAGUUGUAAUCCCUAUGGCUGUGCUGACCACUGUAAAGAAGAUCACAUUAGUGGGAGAACCAACUGUAACGAUCAUCUUGAGCAUGCUCACCAACAUGACCACCAUAACCAUCAUCAAGCUGACAACCAUGUACACGAAAGCUUCCCCCAUAGUUCUUCAAGAAGCUCAUGUAGUCAUUCCUUUGAAGGUCAUAAUGUGGCAGAAUCUCAUGGUCAAGGAGCAGGUUCUCAAACCCAUACACACUGUUCAGAUACUAAAAGUUGCUCCUCCACAGGAAAUCAUGGUUCCCAAUCAAGAAAACUUCCGUCUAUUGGAGAAGAACCACAAAAACACCAUCGUCAUGUUGACCACAACAUGGAAGGAAUAUUUUUGCAUGUUCUUGCAGACACCAUGGGAAGUGUUGGAGUUGUCUUAUCGACCCUUUUAAUUAAGUACAAGGGAUGGCUUGUUGCUGAUCCUGCGUGCUCAAUAUUUAUUUCAGUCUUAAUUGUAGCUUCAGUUAUCCCAUUACUCAGAAACUCUGCAGAAAUUUUACUCCAAAGAGUUCCUAGGAUGCAUGAGCAGGAUUUGAAAGAAGCUCUAACUGAUGUUAUGAAGAUAAGGGGAGUACAUGGGAUCAGGAAUUUGCACGUAUGGAGUUUUACAAGCACAGAUGUUGUGGGGACACUAAAUCUUCAUAUCUCAAAGGAAACUGACAAGGCUUCUACAAAGGCACAGGUUUCACGGAUAUUACAGGGUGCUGGAGUCAAGGAUUUGACAUUGCAGGUGGAAUGUGUUGGGUAAUUAGUCUAGUAACUUUUGACCUAGUUUUCAUCAUAUUUGGAGAGUAUCUACAGUGAAAGUGAGAAGUGAUAUGCCAUUAUCAACUUGUCAUCAACAUCUUCCUAAUGUGCUGUUGGGCUUGUAGAGAAGUGCGGAUCUUCAGUGCCAAGGAGUUGAGACAACCUGGCUGGGUUUUGUAAGCAGUGGCAGGUGUGAUGGCUGCUUAUAAGAUCAGUAUGCUUCUUUCCAUCAAAUCACAACAAUGAAGAUUCCGUGUUCUUUUCAGUUGGUUAACAUUCUAACUUUGAAAAAGUUAUUUGCCUAUACGAUUAUUUGGUCAUGUGGAAUUUUGCACACGUGAAAGAACAAGCAGAGGAUGCUGGAUUACUUGGGAAACAAGCAGAAGAUGCUGGAUUAGUUGGGUAUGUAACUUUUUGCUAGUAUAGGUAUACUUUUGUAGUUCAUGUCCAUGGGUCAUUUGGAUCUUACCGUUCUAUUGAUGUUGUAAUUUUGAGUUGUGACACAACUGUUUCCUUGCAUGACUUACUCUUGGAACCACAUCUUAGCUGUGUGGAAAUAUAUAGUUGAACAAUUUUGAUUA